GUGAGAUUGAAUUAACGUCGGUGGUCGGCAAGAACACAAAUUCGGAGCACUCAAGGACUAGAAACUCUGAGAGAAGGUUCAAAGCAGUUUUCCAAAAUGAAACGUGGAUAUUAUGACGAGUAUGGUUCGGAUUCGGAGUAUUCGGACUACGAGAUGUACGACAGUGAUGGCCUCCCUGAAGACUUUGAUGAUGAUAAUUCCAACGACGUUGACGUAGCCUUUGACCGAUUGUAUGGAGACAGCAGAAUUGGAAAUUCCAGCACUGUGGAGGAAGUCCAUUUGAAGACACGUGAAAUGCUGUUCAACUCAUCUCUGAAGAACAUGUGCCUCAAUGUGCUGAUUGAAAAUUUGAGAAACCCAGUAGGAUCCAAAAAUAAGAAGCCAGUUUUGCUUGAAAACAAUCAAACUCAUGCAGUUGCCACUCUACCUCCAAAUUUGAAGCAAAUGCUCCUGAAAAAGCUGAUGAAGGCAAAUUACGGAGCAAGUGUGAGCUUCAAAUACCAAUACUGGUCUAAUGAGACGGUGAAAGCCAUCAGCACUCAUGACAUAUGCAGCAUGAUUUGCGAACUGCUUGGGCCUCGCAUCUCUGAAUUCAGUUUUGAGUGGAUGGGCGGCAAAAUCCAAACCUCACACAAUCACCAUGUUGAAAAGUUAUACAGACUGCUGGCUUCCAAGUAUCGUGACUGCUUGUACCACCUAAUUCAGGGCAAAGAGGGCAACAUUUCCAAGCGUUAUGAUUACGAAUUAAGCCUUGCCAAUCUCCAGUCCGUCACUCACCUGAAAAAUCUUCAGCAUUUGGAGUUGCAUGAAAAUGCCUUGAAUGAUUUGGACUUCAGACGCAUUUGUCGCAAACUGCCCAACCUCCAAUACUUGAGCUGUGAACUACUAGAUGUGACCCAGGCUGUGCUAAAUGAAGCCCUGGGGAGUCUCAGUAGGCUGGAAGUGUUCAUUUUCAAAGGCUGGGCGCGCAAAGUGGACGUCAGUCUGCAAUCCCUGGAAGAGGUCGACACAGCCAAGCUCAAUGGCUUCUGCCUGGACAAGUUCCCCCAACUGAAAAUCAUUGGUGCACAAGUUGGUGGUGAACGCUUUUUCGAAAAGCAGACACGUAUCACUUUCCACCAACUGAAAAAGAAUGAACUUUCUACUGGAGGGCCUCAUCAGCUGCAGCACCUCUCAAUCAAAAGCCCUCUCGCCGUUGAACAAGCCCUACGGUUGCCUCAUGUCACUUCUCUGAGAGUUUCUUUGGGCGAUAAAGAGUUUGACUCGACCAACAUUGGUGCCCUGCUGAAGUUUGACAAGCUCCGCGUCCUGACUGUUAUGUGGCCAGCUGAAAACUCGACUAUUGACAAAAAUUUGCUUCUGCAACUUCUGCAGAUCUAUGGUUUGCAGCUAGAGAGCUUGACCCUAAUCACCUACCCCCGUCAUGACCUUGAUGUUAUCGUUUCACUUGAGCUCAGCAUGGACGAAAUCCAUGCCCUUUGUCCUAAUCUUGAAAGACUCAGUUUGGACCACGAUUUCACAAGAGGAUUUGACUACAGGUCCAUUCUGCAUCCCAACACUAUCAAAAAUCUGACCAAAAUCAGCAUCACUGCCUGGGAUGAUACUUGGAGCAUGAAAGUCUUGUCCCAGCUCUUCACUGCACCAGUGCUUGAAAGUCUGUGCUUGUGGGAGUUGAGGUUGUCCGAGUGGAAGGUCAAGGAUUUGGUGGAAAACAAAAAGGUGCCUGAAUGUAUUUCACCUAAGCUCAGGGAGUUUCGAGGAUCUAUACAUCAUUCUAGACACCUGAGUAAAUGGAACAAGAGGAUUUUGGCACACUACUGGUGCUUGCACGUAGACCUGAUUUGUGCCACAGCCCCAGCUUUUAUGACUGUUGACUUCGACUAUGGUGACAAGUUCUUCAAGAAAGGGCCUUCGAAAAUCACUCAGCUGAUGCAAAAAAGGGCCCGAAUACUGUAGUA